UCUAAGGAAGCUAAAGCGCUGUGAGUUUUAGGGCUAUUUAAACUAAUAAGCGGGGUGUGUCUGCGACUCACAGCCGGGAUCAGCUGCUUCCCGGCGACGUUAGUUGUUUGUGUUGAUGGCAGCUCUCCGAAACCUGUCAAUGGUUAUUGGAGCGGCGGUAGCUGCACUGGGCUCGGUGCUCUUCAUCGCUUGGAGCCGGUAUUUCCCUAGCAGGAAGAAAAGGUUGCAGCAACUGGAAUGGAGCCCGAGCAAGAAGGAGACCAACUAUUUGGAUAAACAGGUCCUUGUUCUGGGUUUGGAUGGAGCAGGUAAAAGCAGCAUUAUACAUGUCUUGCGCACAAACACCACUAGAUCCAGUUCUGCACCAACCCAUGGAUUUAACUCUGCCACGAUCAUCAGCAAUGGACUAAGGAUUGAGCUUCUAGAAGUUGGGGGAAGCCAGAACCUUCGCACAUACUGGAAUCAAUAUCUGAAGAACGCAAAUAUCAUGGUCUUUAUUGUGGACUCUACAGAUGAUAAACGUUUGCCUCUUGCACGGCUCGAACUGCACCGGCUUUUGUCAGAAGCACCAAAGCUUCCUCUGAUAGUGUUGGCUAAUAAACAGGACCGUAACACUGCGCUGGGUAUAUCUAACAUCCAUUUUGAGCUGUCACUUCACCGUGUUAUAGGCCAAAGAGAAGUCACAGUGUUGGGGACUAGUGCAAUAAUUGACGGGGCUGGCCAAAGCACCAGCUUACAGACUGUGAGGUCACUUCUAGAAGAAAAACUGCACAAACAAACAGAAGAAACAAACCACAUCCUAACAAAUGUUACUUAAUGGGUUUAUAGUCUAGCCCCUGUGUGUCUCUUAUUUUACACUUUUUUUUUUUUUUAAAUGCACUACUAUGCAGUGCUGCUGUAUACAAGUGUCAUGCUGUUUCUAUGGUAAUGGCUAAACAUUUUGUGAGGGAAAGGUGUGGGCUGGCCCAUACUACACCUAUUUGAAACAUUUUUAAUAUUUUUUUUUAAUGUAUUUAUGUGAAAAGGAAAGUACUAUGCAAAAAGGUAAUAAAUGUUAUUCAAGUUUU